AUGGAACUGUCAGUCGACGUCCACUCGACCGACGUGUUUCUUUUCCCUUCUAAAAAGCAGCGUCACCAGUCGUCGUCGGAGCACGGAGAGACGUCAAUGUCAUCCGCCUCAUCGACGUCGACGUUGCGGCCGUUCCCAUCCACAUCAUCAUCGACUACCUGUAUCGCACCGUCCUACGAUGGCGAGUCUCCAGCAUACAGCGAGGUCGAGGAUUUGACCGCCUUCUCCUCGACCAAGCUAUCCAACGACGACCAAGCCAUCCUCUACGCCUAUGUCGACAUCAAGUUCCCCUCUUCCACCUCAUACUCUUCUUCAUCGUCGUUCGGCAUCCGCAACCGUCUCAAGAGCUUGACGCUCACGCUCCAGGGUAACGAAAGCGUUUCGUUCCCACGCGGAGGCUUCGAGCAGAGUCGAACGUUCUACAAUGAAAAGACGAUCGACGAAGCUCUGGAGAUCGAGUUCUUCGAGCCCGGAAAGACGUACAGGUUCGAGCGAUCCUUCUUUGUCGAUCACAACUCGGCACCGUUCCAACGAAGCAGCUGGUGUGUCAACAACCAAAAGUUGAUCGCCAAGGCGACGUUCCACGGACUAUUGUCCAAAUCUCUGACGGCUACCAAGAAGGUGUACUUUGUCGACUGCCAGAACGACGACGGCAACGAGAUGAUCAUUUGGGACAAGGAUAUCAGGACGCAUGCCGACGGUAUCGGCCCUUUCAGCUUGCGCAACCGAUCCGAGGUGUUCACCGUCGGCGGUUAUCUUCGAACCAACUUCGACCUGCUCAGUCCACUCGAAGGUGUAACCAUUGUUGGGUUCCGAGCAUCGGUCGAGAUGCGCACAACGCUAGCAUCGCGACGCGAGAGGCCAGGAUACACUGAAACCGUACCGCCUAAAAAAGUCUCUUUCCUCACACUCGACCGAAGACAACUUGACGAGCUGUUCGCCACCAAGAAGCUCCAAGGUGGUGGAGAAGGUGUUGCACCCGACGGUGAAUGCUACCCUUCGCUCGAAGUCAUCUCGCGUCUCCCUGAUGACAACAAGAUCCGACCCAGUACGGUCGAAGGGAACGAUGCAGCCAUUCGAUUCCGAAACUUCAUCCAAUACGAGAUCGACUUUAUCGACGGAGAAUUCCGCGACCCCAACUCUGCCGACGACAGUGAAGAACUCAUCUACGUCGACGACCAAAAAAUGAAGCGAUUCCACGUCUCCGUCCCAGUCUUCAUCAACUCGUGCGGAUGUCGACCGGACUCUCUCAACCUGCCAACGUAUGCGUGCGAAGAUCCGAUGCCUGCCGAAUGCAUUCGCGAGAAGAGGCAAGAGCUGGAGGCCACGCUGCACGACAAACAGACGGACCCUUCAGCGUUUCCUUGCAUUUGCACUUUCACCAUCGACUCGCUCUUGGAGGUCGAAAAAAAAACGCAAGCCAUCGACGGAUGCAGCGACUCGCCGGUGGCGAUGGAGGAGGAUUAUUUGCCUAGGUACAAGUCGCUGGAAUGA